AUGGCCCUCUACGGGGCGCCCAUCUGGGCGGAGGCCCUCACCACCAGACUGCGGCCGCUUCUGCGCAGACCGCAGAAGCUAAUGGCGGUGAGGGCGAUUCGGGCGUACCGGACGGUUUCCGGAGCGGCGGCAUGCGCCCUGGCUGGAUCCGCACCCUGGGAGCUGGAGGCGUCCGUCCUCGAGCAGACCUACAGGUGCCGUGCGGAAGCCAGGGCACGUGGAGAGCGCCCCACACUAGAGGAGCUAGUGGGGGUUCGGCGUGCCGCCAAGACCGCCGUCCAGGCGGGGUGGGAGGAGGCACUCCGAUCGGCCAGAUACGGGGAGCGCACCGUCCAGGCGCUGCUCCCUGUACUGGCCGAUUGGAGAAAGAGGAGGCACGGGUCCCUCACCUAUCGUCUUGUUCAGUUAGGAGCUAGUGACGGUUCGGCGUGCCGGCAAUACCGCCGUCUAGGCGGGUGGGAGGAGGCGCUCCGAUCGGGCAGAUACGAGGAGCGUACCGUCCAGGCGCUGCUCCCUGUACUUGCCGAUUGGAGGAAGAGGAGGCACGGGUCCCUACCGUCUUGUUCAGCUGGCGAACGCGACGCAAACGCGCUGCACGCGUGCUGCAUGCGUGGUGCAGUUAAAUACAUGUUAAAUUAUGUGGCGCACGAUAGGCGCGUGAACGGCACGCGAACAGAUAGCCCUACGUAA